UCUCACCCCGCCUACAGCUCACCGGGAUCCAGCCUGGCUAAACUCCUCCGAUUCAUAUACACCCAACUCCUCCUCUCAUCUCGUCUUAUCCCAAUUCUCUCUUCUUCUUCCUCGCAUCCAUAGCUACCGAUCAGGGGCAGAAUUUCCUGCUGAUUUUCUUGGAGGAUUUGUGAUUUUGAGGUCGCAUCGCGUCGCCAUGGACCCGUGCCCGUUCGUGCGGGUGCUGGUUGGCAACCUGGCGCUGAGAAUGCCGGUGGCGCCGCCGGCGGCGGGUGCGGGGGCGGGGGUCCACCCGUCGACCGCGCCGUGCUACUGCAAGAUCCGGCUCGGGAGGAUGCCGUGGCAGGUCGCCGCGGCGCCGCUGGUGGUUGCCGAUGGUGGGGAGCAGGCGCCGUCGGGGGCGCUGGCCGCCGCGUUCCAUCUGUCCAAGGCGGAUUUGGAGUGGUUCGCGCGGAAGCCGUCGCUGCUGUUCUCGUCGUCGUCGUCGUCUCGCGGGCCGGCGACGCUGAAGGUGGCGGUGUACGCCGGGAGGAAGGGGACGACGUGCGGUGUUAGCUCUGGGCGGUUGAUUGGGAAGGCUACCAUUCCGGUGGAUCUCAAGGGCGCCGAGGCGAAGGCCGCGGUGGUGCAUAGCGGCUGGAUCUGUGUUGGGAAGAAGAGCGGCGGCAAGGGCGGCUCCGCGGCGGCGGAGCUCAGCCUCACCGUGCGCGCGGAGCCCGAUCCGAGGUUCGUGUUCGAGUUCGACGGCGAGCCGGAGUGCAGCCCGCAGGUGCUGCAGGUGAGGGGAAGCAUGAAGCAGCCGAUGUUCACCUGCAAGUUCGGGUGCCGCAGCAACAGCGACCUGCGGAGAUCGGUGGUUCAGACGGAGCGGGACGCCGCCGCCGCCGCCGGGAAGGAGCGGAAGGGGUGGUCGGUGACGGUGCACGACCUGUCGGGGUCCCCCGUGGCGCUGGCGUCGAUGGUGACGCCGUUCGUGGCGUCGCCGGGGACGGACCGGGUGAGCCGCUCCAACCCGGGCGCGUGGCUCAUCCUCCGCCCCGCCGGCGACGGGUCGUGGGAGCCAUGGGGCCGCCUCGAGUGCUGGCGAGAGCGCGGCGGCGCGGGCGCCUCCAACAGCCUCGGCUACCGCUUCGACCUCCUCCUCCCGGGCGUCGACCACGCCGUCCCCUUGGCGGAGUCCUCCAUCGCCGCUUCCAAGGGCGGCAAGUUCGCCAUCGACCUCACCUCGAUGCAGCCCCAGAGCCGGGGCGGCACGCCGGGGUGCAGCCCGCGGGGCAGCGGCGACUUCAGCCAGUGGCCGCUCGCCAGCUACAGCUACCGCGGCUUCGUGAUGUCCUCCUCCGUCCAGGGCGAGGGGCGGUGCAGCAAGCCCACGGUGGAGGUCGGCGUCCCGCACGUCGGCUGCGCCGAGGACGCGGCCGCGUUCGUGGCGCUCGCCGCCGCGGUCGACCUCAGCAUGGACGCGUGCAGGCUGUUCUCCCACAAGCUCAGGAAGGAGCUCUCCCACCUGCGCUCCGACGUGCUCAGGUGACCACCGCUCGCCGCCGGUGAGCUUCCCGCGGCUCACGAGCAAAAUUGUACAUAAGUAGUUGAGACUCUUUUGACACGAGAUGUUCUUUAGUUGGUUCGUUGGUGUGUUAGUGUUAGUAGUGGUAGUUCAGUUUUGGUGAUCAGUUGGUUGAGUUUUAGAUAGAUCUCUCUCUCUCUCUUUUAUCCCCUGCGAGUGUGCUUGUGUUCUUUUGGAUUGGCUACUUUACUUCAAGCCAAUCUCGGUAACUUCCUUUCAGAUGUCUAUAAUUGGGAGAAAUUUGUGACCAUAUGAACCUGUUUCUUCCAGAACUAGAAAAUCGAAAGCUCUUGCGGUUCCGAUUCUGAUCGUGACA